UCUUGCUUGCCGUGCCGGAUGCCACCAGCUCGGUGCUCCGAAAAGCGAUGGUAGGAAUUGGGACCAAGCACCUGCGAAAAUAGGACGGUUUAUGCUGUGAAUCUCAGAGAAGACAACUUGUACUGACGCCAUGAGUGAUUCAGGAAGCCUAGUUGGUGAUGUCUCAAAGCCCAGUGCCAGAGCCAUAUAUGAGCAAAGGAAGAAGUAUUCCAACAUCAUCAUGGCAGAUGUUUCCCAGUAUGCUGUCAAUCAUCUGGUGACCUUUUCAAUUGGGGAAGAAGAUGAUCUGGCAUCUGUAGAGGAUGCUACCAGGAAACUGUCCGUCAUGGAUGCCCAAGGGAAGAUCUGGGUUCAGGAGAUGUUACUUCAAGUCAAUGGGUCGGCCAUCAAGCUCUUCGACAUAGACUCAAAGGAAGAACUGGAAAACUAUGGAUUGGCAGCUGUGGCUCGUUGCGAGGCUGUGAGACCCGAGUCCCGUUCCCAGUCCUUGCUUCUGCUUGUGUGCCAGGAUCCUACUCAGCUGAAACCUGAUGUUCACUUCUUCGAAUGCAACCUUGUUGGGGCAGAAUUGAUCCGACAGGACAUUAACAGUGCUUUGCAGGACUUCAAGUCAGGGGGAAAUACCCAACGGAAGGAGGCACUCAGAGAUACCCAGAAGUGGAUUGGCAAGCAGACCCAAAAUGCACAGGUGACUGCUGUUCAGCCUCCCAAACAGGUGUCUUCCAGGACAAAGGUCAUUGCACCAGAGCAAAAAGACAAUGAUCUCAUGGCAGGAGAAACUGACCCAUCCGUCAUCCGUGCUGAGAGAGAUGUGGAGCUGUUGAACCGGGUUUUUGAUGAUGUGGAAGCCUUUGUCGGGAAACUGCAGAAGUCUGCUGAAGCAUUCCGUGUAUUGGAUCAACGCAAACGUUCUGCCAGGGGCCGUCGGCGAGAGCCAGGAGAGGGACUCCUGACAAUCCGAGCUCGCCCUCCAUCCCAAGAAGAGUUUGAAGAUGCUCUGGCUAAAAUCAAAUAUUCUUUCAGCAUUCUGGCAAGACUGCAGUCUAACAUCACAAACCCUACCUCAGAGGAGCUGAUUCAUUUUCUCUUCAAUCCCUUGAAGAUGAUUGUAGAGUCUUCUGGGGGACCAGAAUUUGCUUCUGAGGUGCGCAGUCCCAUGUUGACCCUGGAGGCAGUCACACUGAUGCGCAGCUGCCUAGGGGAAAAGGAAGCCGAGUUGUGGCAUUCACUGGGAGACAACUGGAUCAGGCCAAGACUGGACUUCCCCAGGGACUAUGCUGCUCCCUACAACCCAACUUUCCGAAGUGGCUGGGAGCCCCCACGCCUGGACCCUUCUGGGCAGCCGUGGGAAGAUCCAGUAGAGAUGCAACACCGGCACGAAGAACGUCGUGCUCAGCAAUCAGCUGUCACAAUUGCAGCCAAUGGACACAGACAUCCAGACAAGAAGCUGGUAAUUUGCACCCAUAACUUCACAGCCAGAAACAACAAUGAGCUUUCAGUGCUUCAAGAAGACUUAUUAGAGGUCUUGGAUGACAGCAAAAAAUGGUGGAAAGUUCAGAACCGUUAUGGACAAGUUGGCUAUGUUCCUUAUAAUAUUCUUAGCCCAGUUUCGACUGGAGAAGAGUCUGAUGUCCAGAACCACAAGAGAACUGCCCAGGUCAAUGGGACUAGUCCUGUGGUAAGCAAGAAAGUUCCACCCCAGCCACCACCAAAGACCAAAGGUGUGUACUCCAAUGGCAGGAGCUGGGCCAGCACAGAGGCACUUAACAUGGACCUGAGUGAUCGAGAGCGCUUCAACACCGUCAAUGAGGAGCUGGCCCUGAGGUUGGCCAAUGGCUCAACUGCCCGCAAGAACCUUCAAAUCCAGCGUGCUCCUGAUACCAAUGUGCCUUUAAGAUAUGAUUCAAAUACUGCUGAAGUCCAGACAUGGCUAGAGGCCAAGGGGUUCAACCCAUUCACCGUGAAAGCCUUUGGAGUUCUGAGUGGCGCUCAGCUCUUCUCCCUGCAGAAGGAUGAGUUCAAAGCGGUCAGCCCAGAGGAAGGCGCUCGGGUGUACAGCCAGGUUACCGUCCAGAGAGCUCUCUUGGAGGAUACCGGGAAAGUAUCAGAGCUGGAAGCAGUCAUGAAGAAACAGAAAAGGAAACUGGAGGGAAUGAGUGAAUAGCAAUCUUUGAUAUGGGAGUGCCCUCUACUGAAGAAAUGUUGGACUACUGGAUUUCAGUCUCAGGCAUCACAUUCAAACUUCCUUCCGCGCACCUUAUACAGGAACAUGUACUUGAGCUAAGCGGCUUUUGUUGAAUGCAUAAUUUAUAUUUCUGAUCAGUUGCAAAAAAAAUUCUCUCCAAAUAACAAUCUCCCUUGUUGAAAUAGCUGUCAAGAAGCAAUCAUCUGGUUCGUGGACUCUUUUCCUUGCACACUUAGGAAAAGCUGAAAAUAGUGCCGCUCUCCUCUUCCUCAUAAUGCAGAAUAUUCAUAUUGCACUUAUUUAUCUUCUGUUGUUAAAAGGAUGGUGUUUAUUUAGGUUUCUCAUGUGUAGGUAGGAAAAUGAGAAACUGAACUUUUUAUUAUCCAGUUUCCCAGUUUUAGAUAUUGCUGCACAUAUUUUUUGAGUGGCAUGCAUUUCUUGGUCAGCAAUCUGCAUUAAAAUGAUCAUCCCCGCCCUCUUGUAUUUAUUUUGCACAUUGCCUCAUAGAUAAAGACUUGUAGUCAAAUCUCUGACUCUCCACCACAUUUUAAGCUAGGAAUGUUUUCUUCCUCAGAUUUAUCCUGCUGUCUUUACUUUGUUAAGAAUAAACAGAGGCUUUAGGGCAGGCAUGGGCAAACUUCGACUCCAGGUGUUUUGGACUUC